AUGUCUCCAAGGCGCGCACCGUGUGCUUUCCACGUCACCGGCAACAGGGACCGUGUCAGCCAGCAGAUCCAGAUAAAGCUCGGAGACUACCAUCUUGCUCAGACGCUGCUCGACGAUCCGAGCAAGUCCAUAGGCAUCUGCGCCGAGCCGCCGAGUCCCGCGCCAUUGGGCAGGGUGGGUAUAACCACGGUAGCUCUCAUGAUUGAUGACACCAAUAUAUUUCGAAAUAUUGCAAAUUGGCAACGUGCCGACUUCUCGGCGCAUGGCGCUAUCGCGUACAUAGUGGCCCCCGUCUGGGAUUUUUCACCAGCCCUGUCGCCCGUCGCCCGGUUGGACGGUGGAAUGUGGCGACCCUACCGUCGCUUUACCGUUAGCCUUAUCGGCCCCACGGCGCCGCCUCGAUUGCUCCCGGCUCCACGCGAGUUGAUUUAUUAUUUA